CUUACCUCUGGUGCAUGGCCCAGCUUGUGAGCUGUCCUGCUGGAAUGGCUCCUGUUCUUGUCUUCCUUCCAGAAAAGGAGAAGGAGAAGCUGGAGAUGGAGCUGGCAGCUCUGCGCUCUGCCAACGAGGACCAGCGGAGGCACAUCGAGAUCCUCGACCAAGCCCUCAACAACGCGCAAGCCAAGGUCAUCAAACUGGAAGAGGAGCUGCGCAGGAAGCAGGCCUAUGUGGAGAAGGUGGAGAAGCUGCAGCAGGCGCUGACACAGCUGCAGGCAGCCUGCGAGAAGAGGGAGCAGAUGGAGCGGCGGCUGCGCACGCGCCUGGAGCGGGAGCUGGACUCGCUGCGGAUGCAGCAGGUGAGGACAGGCUGGGCUGCAUGGGGCCUUUGGUAUUGCUUUGAAAGAGGGACAGUCAUUUGCAGCCCUGCCUGCCCUGUGCCCUUAGAGCGGUAA